AAUUCCCCCUCAUUUCACCGCUUCACAGUGUUUAACCAAGGAAGCUAGCAACACCCUUUACGGUCAGCACCAGGAACCGUUGCAGGUACGCGUCUACCACGCAUCAUAUCGUACGGUGUCUCGAGUCCGCCGCCAACAGUCCGACUCAGUUGAGCGCAUGAACAUACAUUUCGAAGGAUUAUUGACCGAGGAUCAAGUGGCGUCACUCAAAGCAGGCUCAACUACUCGUGCUUCUUUCAACAUGGCAACGGACAAUGUUCAUCAUCGAAUGGCAAGAAACCCACAGCCUCGACAGUCUGGUCCACAUCCUAGACUUAACCAGCAACGACAUGCAAAUGAUGCGAUACAUCAGCCCACGGUGACUCAUGCAUCUUCGGAUAUCUCAACCCAAGGCCUGCAAGAAUAUUACAAUGCAGGAACCCGUACAUCAAACAGAAUGCAUUCACUGCUGGACUAUCAGACGCAAUUGAACUUGUUAGAGCAACACAACGAAAAGCGGAGAAUGAGAGCUCAACGAGAAGAUGCAAUGGGAGGCCAAUAUGAUCCAGCUAAUGAUGAAAUUGAUAUGCCAGCUGUAGCUACGCUUUCAGAUACCCAAAUUAAUAACCCGGCAUCUCGAGAGACAACUCAGACACAUUACACGAUAUCGGAAGAUGAAACAGGCAAAGGGCUACAAAACAAAUUCGCACCAUUAGCACCAAGAACAGGUGCUUCUCGGCACAUCCAGCCCUUCACCGCGCAACCAGUUCCAACCGCGUCAUCAGUGCUAUCUGAUGCUGAACGCCCACACUCAAGUUUACACCUGACGGCAUCUCCAGCGCCAGGGCCCAGGUUACCCGUCGCGACCUUAGCAUCACAACAGAAUUUUCGCAGCCACAGCUCAACGUCUACAAUUCAAAGACAAAAGCAGCCUGAAAGAGCUCUUUGGGACUUUGAAGCAAUCCAGGGGACGCCAAAAACGAAACAGAGCCAUGGCUAUUCUUACAGCCCAGCAGACGUGUCUGGGACUCUGGUCAAUGCCGGUGAAGCUUAUUCACAACCAAGCCUUUCCUCGGGUCUUAAUGAGUGUGUUGCUACCCCAAACACCUCAGAAUACAUUCAAACCGCAAUCUCCGAGACAGAUGAAGUCCCUCACGGAGGAAUUUCAGAACUUCUAAGCGCCGAAGAGACAUCCUCACUUUAUUUCGAUGUCAUCCAAAAGAUGCAGCAGCGAAUUCAGCUGCUAGAAGCAGCGAAUGAAGAGCUCAGCCGAAUUCCGACGCCGCAAGAAGCUGUCAGGGUGUGUAUCUUCCACUACCUUGAGAAAGAAGACACGGACGGAAGUACAUACCUCUCGGAACCAGAAUGGACGGUGAAAGAAAACGACAUUCGCCUCAGUGCCCGAUUUCUAUUAACGAACCCUGAAAGAUACAUCGAGAGGGAAGAAGACAUCUCAUUUGUCGUCUACAAGUGUUACUCAGAAGGACACCAGAGAGAUGCAGUGGAAGAAGCAAGGAAGUCUUCAAGGCCAUUACCAGACCCGGAACCGGCCUACCAGGACAUACUACUUACUUCGGAGGAAAUGGUGGAGGCAUUGAAAGCCUUUUUCGCGCUCCAUUCGACAUCUCUUCAAGAAUUUCCUCGAGUCAACAUCCAUAAGAGAUUAUCAGCGCCAUUUACAUGGUGGUACCGCCAUCGCAGGUCAAGUGAGAUCGAAACCCUGCCGCGACGCCAAGCCGAAUUGGUUAAUGCGCUCGUAAGUCACAUCGAAGAGGCUUACGCAGCGUUGUACGACAACAUCGAUGAACAACUCAGCAGAGGCUAUGUGUCGAACACCUCCAUAGAAUAUCUUUUUCGGCCUGGGCAGGUCCUGGUCUCGUGUACGGAUGGCGUCCCCCAAGGCCACAUUGCAUUGUCUCGCCCUUAUGCCUACGUCAAUGAACCUAGUGACAUCUUGACUCUACCAAAAUCGAAAGCUCGACAAGAUGCCUCAGAAAAUUAUAUGUCGCAAUGGACUAUAGCAUCGCGUACAAUCUCCUAUCGUGGAGAAUUCGUUAGGGUGGUAAAAGAGCUCAAGAUCGAGUUCGAGACGGAGACAGAGAACGGGGAGAUUGAUAUCUCGAGCUUACCUGUCAUGCCACUUGAGUAUACCUCACGGGCAUUGCAGGAGAGGCUAAUGCGUCGUGGCCGAACGUUCUGGAAAUGUCGCGAGAAAAGGCUCGUUUUCUGCCAAGGUACAGGACUAAACCACAGUGGCGAAAGAUGUAUGAUUGACUUCGAGACAUAUACAAGCUUUCAUCCACACAAUCAGUACACAAAUAAGGACAAGCUCGUACCAGAGCCAGGCCUGCCAACAGAUGGCAGUGAACCGCGCCUUCCUGAGAUCUACCUCUUCCCAAACCUUGUCCCUGGCUUUGAUCUAAGACGCAAGAAAUGGGUUGAUGUGGAGGUCGACCGGAUUCGGGACGUGGCCUGGAACGAUCAAGCCUUCAACAGUCUGGUGGCUGAUGAAGACAUGAAGAUGCUCAUUCUUGCACUUGUUACCAACCAAAUCGAUGCCAAGCGAGGCACAGACGUUAUAGAUAACAAAGGAAACGGCCUCAUUAUGCUGCUUCAUGGCUCUCCGGGCACCGGGAAAACAUUUACAGCCGAAUCUGUCGCCGAAAUAGCUAAGAAGCCUUUGUACUCGGUAACCUGCGGCGACAUAGGCACGAAUCCUGCUGAAGUUGAGAAGUAUCUCGAGUCCGUCUUCCAUCUUGGCAAGAUCUGGGACUGUGUCGUGCUCCUCGAUGAAGCCGAAGUCUUCCUCGAGCAGCGUACUCUGCAAGACCUCCAGCGAAACGCCCUUGUCUCCGUGUUCUUGCGCGCUCUAGAAUACUACGAUGGGAUCUUGAUUCUUACGACAAAUCGCGUUGGGACCUUCGACGAGGCGUUCAAGUCUCGAAUUCAGCUGGCGCUCCGAUACCAAAGGUUGGAGGCCUACCAACGCAAGCAAAUCUGGAAGAACUUCUUCGAGCGGCUCAAGAGUAUUGGAGAGGAGGACAGCAUUGACUUUGACGAUAUUUCGCUACACAUAGACGAGCUGACCAAGCACCCCAUGAACGGACGACAGAUCCGGAAUACGAUCACCACCGCACGCCAGCUCGCUAAGUUUAUGGGGAAGAAGAUGGUAUUUUCGCAUCUGCAACGAACCAUUGCAAUCACGAACAAGUUUGACGAGUACUUGGCCGACGUUCGGGAAGCUGAUGUGGAGGAACAUGGUGGAAGAGGCCUGGAUGGCAGGUACUCGGACGAGUAUUUUGCUCGAUCUGAUCAGAUACGAUAGUGCGACUAGCUAUUCAAAUAACAAUGCGAUAACUAAUGGAUUCCUUCU